AAAACCUUCACAGAAAUAAAACCGCAGGGUUCAAUUCAUAAGAAAGUUAAGUGUGUAGCACUUAUUUAUGAGUAAUGCUGUCAAGACUGCGCGUCCUGUGACAGUUUAUUUUUUUCUGAAAUAGACAUGUGUCCCUCUACGUACGUGUGUCAAACUUGAAUAAAGCAUCUUGUCAAAGACAAACGGGUAGCUUUCUUCAAGUCUCAUUAAAGGUUUCUUCGGCCAACAUAACUGUGACAAUUACACAUGGGCGACCAAGAAUUUCUUAAUGCCAAACGAGGGAAAAAAAGGCGGAAAUCUACUAAAAAGUACUCAUACGACGUACCAGACACUCUGUGCAAUUCAGUACACAUUAAAGAUGUUGAACAGUCGUCUGGUGCCAUCCUACAAACUAGCAAGUCGUCUAAACUGGAAUGCACUACUUUUAACAUCAAAGGGACUCGAGAGCAAAUUCUAAAAGCUCUUCAACUGAUCACCAUGUCAACAGGCUUAAAAGAUAUAGAGCUUGAGAAAGCUAAAAGGCACUGGCUCGAAUGGGUUGAACAAUAUUUUCCUGAUUUUGAACGGCGCUCCUAUUUUAUUCCCCCUGUGCAAAUAAUGCGAGUUCCUAUAGCUGAGCCAAAUGUUGCAGGUCAGAAUGUUCUAAUGAUUAAAACAGAUGACACACCGAGCAGUAGUAGCAUGGACCUAGCCAUGAGUUCAUCUAAAAUACCUUCUGUACAAAAGAGCGACAUUAUUGACGAUAAGGCUUUUUAUUCUGUGAUGUCUGCUCUUAAAACUUUCUCGGAAGCACAUCCAGAAGUGUUUAUGUGUCUGAGUCAUUAUCCUUUCGUCUCGUAUCUCGGUGAGGAGAGCUUUUAUCCAGCAGUAGCUCACCUUCCGAUACCUAGAAACCUGCCAGAGAAGUAUCCGAAGAGCUGGAGACAAGGAGACUUCGAUGUUCUCCUCAUUCACAGACAAUACGGCUUUGUUGUAUUGGAAGUGAAAGCUGUUAGAAUAAACGAUGAAAAAACAGAACAGGAGCAAGAUGAACAGGUGUCGAAGAAACUAAAAGAAGCUGCAGAGCAGCUAAAAAAAGCAGAAGCCAUGUUGUCACAUCUGGUGUCAGACAUCGCUUCUGGUUUGCGCAUCACCAAGACAAUUGCUUGCCCGAACCUCACAACUGAUCAGGUGCAGGAAAUCAUUAAUAACAAUGAACUGCUAGGAAAGGAUCUAUGUGAUUGCUUUAAAGUACAAAACAUUGCCGAUGCCGUUCGCCUGAUCCUAUGUUCUGAUCACCUGUUGUGUCAUGAAUCACAACAAACUUCAAGAACUGAUAAGCUGCAAUCGUUUCAAAAAUGGUGGCAGGAGCUGCUUGCUGGACCAGGGAGCGAAAAAGGGUUAAAUUCUGAAUUGUACAGGGACCUUGUCGCGAGAUUUUGUGGACCGGCUUCUAGUCUGACAACUAAAUGUGUAAAUGAACCUCGUGUAAGCAUGAAAACACUAGGGAAUGUCGUGGCUCAUGUUGGACACUGCUAUGCAGAUUUAAAGACACUCCUACCCGAGCAAUGUGAGCUUCUCAAACAAGCUCCUCGAAGGAUAUUUAUGGCUGGGCCACCUGGCACAGGUAGGUCUACUAUACUACUUCGGAUAGCCAUAAAAUGGUUUUUGGAUGAAAACAAAGUCUACGUGUUGAGUACGUGGGACUACAGUCGGGCAGCAACAUUCAGGCUACGACAUCUGCUGCUCGAGGACCUUAAGUCGCGAUCUACACAUUCAGACAGAGAAAACCGUAUUGUGGUAUUGAAGAAAAAUUUUAGAAAGAAGGAGGAUGUUGACAUUACGUUGAAUGAACUCGCAGACGUGGUGAGACACGGACCUUUGUACAUCAUCGCUGAUGAAGUGGGACCUGAUGGCAAGUCAGAACAGAACGUUUUUCCAGAAUUCUGCACCCGUCUCCUGCAAUGUUGUAAAGGCAUCGAAGAUCAUCUCCAUUUUUGGGCUGCAAGUUGUCAGACUGGCCUCGCACCACAAGAGUUGUACGGCGAGAAGAUACAGGGCUGGAAAUUGCAAAAAUAUACCUGUCCACUCCGAAGUCCACCACCUGUAGUACAAGAAAUUAAGAAGUUUGUGGAGGUACCGGAGGGUCACACUUUUCCUGAGUACAGUCAGCGAAACGCACCAGACCAUGCAGACGGUCCACCCGUAAAACGGUUUUAUCACUGUCCUCGUGAACAUGCGUGGACAAGAGUUGAAGAUUGUGUCGCUUGUGCGAAAAAGGUGGCAAGAUUUUUGUGCACAGAACUAACCCUGGGUGUGUCUGCUACUUGCGCUGGUGAGUCUACUGCCAGCAUCAGACAUUCACCCAGUCUGCAGUAUAAAGACGUGUUCAUUCUGUCAUGGAUGGAUCUUUCAGAGGACGCCCGCAUAUUAAAGGCGCUGUCACAGGCUGGAGUUCCAUGGAAGGUCAUGAAGAAUUUGGACUCGGACAUCGAGGACGUAGCUACAGACCGCAGUAACGUGGUGUGGGCGGCCAGAGAGCAGCUAGUUCGUGGGAUCAAACGAAAAGUCGUUGUUGUUCUCGAUAACCAUGACGACAGUAACCAGGAGUACAAAGAGGCAAGACAACGGGCCAUGUCCAGGUGCUCGGCACUGCUUGUGCUUGUGUGUCCACCUAGCGAGAAAUCGGACUAAUGUAUUAUCUUCGGUGCAUUGUUAAAACAGUCGUAGUUUCUACUAUAAAGCUGUGCCUUAUAAUUACCACUCACAUUCACAGAAGCAUCAGCAUUAUAGCCUAAUUGACUAUGCUACUGUAAUCAGUGUAGGAAUAUUGACGUUCUUGAAGCUUCCAUUUCACUGUUUUCCCUAUAUACUUGCUAGAAAAGACUAAACUGAGCGAUAAAAAAAGCUAAAAAAACCAACUGUUACCGCUAUCUUUGCAAAUUAUCAUCUCGUUCCAUCUCUAUAUUAGUGCAGUAUAUAGGAAGGGAGAUAAUACUGAUAAAGAGUUGUGUCCCUUCGCAUAAAAGGCUAAGGCUGACAGAUAAACAUAUUCUCUGUGCUUGGGUUAACAAUUUUUUGUUAUUUUAUCAAAUGAAAAUAUGCAUCCGUCUUAUGAAGUCAAUACUUAUUUUAUGUGUUUCGAACAUUUUGUUCAAGUUCUUAUUUUUAUAUUUACUAUUUUGUCAUACCUGCAGGCAUUAAUUUGUCAUGCACGUGCCCGGAUAUUUAAAAUAUGUUAAUACUGUUAGAUUUUUGUUUGACUUAUAUAUUUCUACCCCAUUGACAAACGGCCUACAAUCAAUGUAGAAAAGUCUUAUAAAAAUACAAGUUUCUUUAAAUUUUGUUAUCGAUAAGUCACUUCAUGUAACUAAGUCCUAAUUUGCCUGCUUCGGUUUAGCAACCACAAUAAUCUACAGUCAUUAAAGUGCAGGUUGUAAUUUCCAUGUCUUUUACUGUGAUAACUAACUGUGAUAAAAGAAUAACUGAUCAAUAAAAAAUGUCAGUAACAUAUUAUAAAAUUUUUACAUUUGAUAAUCAAUUGUAAACUGAGGCGUGAGGAGUUGUAUUCACACAUUUUUUUAAUUUGAGGUGCUAAGAUGCUCCGGAUAUAUAGAUAUAUCUUAAACCCUAGUUUGGUAAUCAUGAUAUGGGAUAAGUAAGAGGAAAGAAACAUAAGUGGAUGUAACUUUGUUUUAAAGUUCUAUGAGACUUGUAACAAACAUUUGUACCUGAAAAGAAAAAAAGAGCAGAAAGUCUUCUGCCUGACGCUGGGGGCAGAGAGACGAUAACACAGGCAGACAUGAGACAGUUGGGUGAGAAAUUUCGGUAGCAUACAAAGAUAUCCUAGGGUGGGGUUGCGAAGAUAAAAACAGUGAUAAAAAUUGUGAAUUCUUAGAAUGGCAAAUAAAGUACAGGUUGAGCAAAGUCUGUUUUUCUUUUCUGGAAGACAAUAUGAGCGGCAUCAUUCUGAGGCGUUUGAAGUAGACCGGUAGGGAGAUCAAAGACUGCAGUAAUCCAGCCGGCACAACACACAAAUACAGACAGCUUUUUUUGGCAAAAACUGAUAGGAGUAGGAUAGACAAAUCCUGUGAAUCUCAAGAAAUAGGGACUGCGUUUAUUUAAGAUUCAAUAGAUCAUAGUAUGUCGAUGCAAUAAUUGUAACACCUAGAUUCCGAAAGGUAUUGUAAAAAUAUGUUAAUCCCGGAGAAAGUAAAACUAGUAGAAGAUAACACUAAGUUCAGCUUACUUGCAGAAGUUUUUGCUAAGACCUCGGAUUGGUAGUACUGAAUAAUGCAUUGUUCUAUACUUUGAUAGACACCCAAGCUUUCUUAAAGCUUACUGCAUGUUGUAUAAUGGACGAGACCUGCUUAAGUUGGAAAGCAAGGCAAUAUAAUAUUAAUUGUCAGAAUACAUGCGAUACUGCAGUGUAAAAUAGGGCAUGGAAUAAUAAAGUAAUUGUACCUACACAGUGAAUAGAAGAGGCUCAGCGACAGAUCAUUGAGACUUCCUCUUUAGGCAUAGAUGUGAUGCCUAGAACUACCAACAGUGGGGGUAAUCAGUCAGGUAGGAAAGAUACUAAUUUAAAACAGUGACAGUGAGACCUAAAGGAACAUGAAAGCGCCGAAGAAAGAUGCCAAUCGUUUGUUUUUGUUCCUUCGUUCAGAGAUAAAUUUGGAACAUGUCAUAACAGAUCCUCUGAGUGGGAUUUUUCCUUCUUUCCAUUUCUUAUUUAUUUAUUUUUCACAUAUUUAUUUACGUAAUAAUCCUUUAAUGUGUUUUUGCAAUGAAUACACUUGUGGAAAGUAUUCGAACUACUGCAUAGGUGACAUGCCACGAAUGAACUAAAACAUCUUUGCUAUUUGUUUCGGACAAAUGCUGGACAAGGGGCACA